UGAAAAUGAUUAAGUUUUCGGUAGUGAUUUUGGCACUUGCCGGUGUCUGUCUAGCCUACGAACAUCAUGGCUUUGUGAGCGAAGUGAAGCACAUCCCGUACAAGUACUUUGGCGGCGGUGGUGGUGAGAUUGGCGGUGGAAUUGGUGGCAUCGGAGGCGGUAUUGGAGGCGGUAUUGGUGGUGGAAUCGGUGGAGGAUUCGAGGGCGGUUACGAGGGUAAGGACUACUAUGCCUACCCGAAGUACAAGUUCGAGUACGGAGUUAAGGACUAUCACACCGGUGAUCACAAGAGCCAGUGGGAAGUUCGGGACGGUGAUGUUGUGAAGGGAGAGUACACUCUGGAUGAACCGGACGGUUCCACCCGUAUCGUGAAGUACCACGCCGAUAGCAAGAACGGAUUUGAGGCUGUCGUCAAGAACAUUGGCAAGGGAGGUCUGCAGCAGGAGGGUGGUUCGAUCGGUGGAGGACAGGGAGGAUUCGGUGGUGGUUAUGGAGGAUACGGCUACAGCUACAGCAAGCUGAAGAAGUUCAACUAA